AGAGAGUGAGAGAAAGAGAGUGAGGGGGGACUUGGCUGGGAGGCUGAGGAGGACCGUGGACCUGAGCGCAAAACAAGAAGAGGCAGCAGCAUCAGUAGAAGAAGACGAAGAAGAAGAAGCAGGGUCAUCGCCCGACACUUGCUGAUAACUGACAAUUGCCGCUCAGGUAAAUUGACUACAGGCGUUCUUCCCUCUCACCUCUGGCCUGACUGAUCCACCAGCCCAUCACCAUGAACUACCUUCGCCGGCGCCUGUCAGACAGCAGCUUUGUGGCCAACCUCCCCAACGGCUACAUGAUGGAUCUGCAGAGGCCGACCCCACCAGGCUCAUCAACUUCUUCUCCUGCCUCCCCAGCCACAGAGAGGCGGCAGCCCCCGAGCGUCCCAAGCCAGCCUCCAGCCUCGGGCACAUCCUCUGGCUCAGCCUCUGGUCCGGCCUCAGGCUCAGGGAGCUUCCUCAGCUCCUUCUCCAGCGUGGUGAAGAGUGCACAGAUGGCCCAGAACGUGGCGGCUGCCGCGCAUGCUAAGUCAGCGGCGGCGGCGGCGGCUGCUGAAGGCGCCUCUGCAGGAGGUGUUCAGCCAGCCAAGCCUGUGAUACGCAAGCCUAAGAUCCUGCUGGUGAUUGAUGAUCAGCACACAGACUGGGCCAAGUAUUUCCGAGGGAAAAAGCUGAACGGGGAGUACGAGAUCCGUGUCGAGCAGGCAGAGUUCUCAGAGAUCAACUUGGCUUCCUACGUUAACUCGGGAUGUAUGGUGGACAUGCAGGUCAAUAAAGGUGGCACCAAAGUGAUCAGGUCCUUCAAGCCAGACUUUGUUCUGAUUCGCCAGCACGCCUACAGCAUGAUUCCCGGUGAGGACUUCAGGAAUCUUGUCAUCGGCCUCCAUUUUGGCGGCGUCCCGAGCGUCAACUCUCUCUUCUCCAUAUACAACUUCUGCAGCAAACCUUGGGUGUUUUCUCAGAUGAUUAAGCUGUACCGCUCCCUCGGCCCUGAGAAAUUCCCCCUGAAUGAACAAACUUUUUAUCCCAACCACACACAGAUGGUCACAAGUCCAUCCUUCCCUGUGGUUGUGAAGAUGGGCCACGCCCACGCCGGCAUGGGAAAGAUUAAAGUCGAAAACCAACAGGACUUCCAGGACAUCACCAGCGUGGUGGCUCUGGCAGGGACGUACGCCACCACCGAGCCCUACAUCCAGUCCAAGUACGAUAUCAGGAUCCAGAAGAUCGGCAGCAACUACAAAGCUUACAUGAGAACAUCCAUUUCUGGUAACUGGAAGGCCAACACGGGCUCUGCCAUGUUGGAACAGAUCGCAAUGACUGACAGAUAUCGUAUGUGGAUAGACUCCUGCGCUGAGAUGUUUGGGGGCCUAGACAUCUGUGCUGUGAAGGCCGUGCAUGGAAAAGACGGGAACGACUAUAUUAUCGAGGUGAUGGACAGUUCAAUGCCUCUGAUUGGUGAGCAUGUGGAGGAGGAUAAACAGCUGAUCACAGAGCUGGUCAUCAACAAGAUGGCCCAGGUGCUGCUGGGAGUUUCCAUGCCUCAGCCUUCUACUGUUAAGACCACACAGCCCAGACGAGGGGGACACCGUUCCGCUUCCGCCUCUCCAUCUCAGUCGGCCCAGGGAUCCCCUCAGAGAGCCCGGUCCGCCACUACGUCUCCCAGCCAGGCGUUCCAGCCCGGUCCCAUCCCUGCCUCUUCUGGACCUGGAGCUCAGAAACAGUCACCGCAGCUGAACAAAUCGCAGUCGCUGACAAACAGCUUCACGGAGACGUUACGAGGAAGCUUGACCGACGACGAGGCCAAAGCCGAGACCAUCCGCUCCCUCCGACAGUCCUUCGCCAGCCUCUUCUCUGACUAAAAACAUCCCUACAACCUUUCUCUUCCUGUCAUCAGGUUUCAGAAAAUAAUAAUAAUAAUUGCUUAAUCUGUUUGUUAUGGAGUCGCCUCUCUCCUUUCCAUGUUUGUGAAGUUUAACACUGGUGCAACCCUCUGUCCUCAAAUCAGUGAUCAAUCUAUCACUAGAAAGGCCAGUGGAUUUCAGAGGACUUACACCAUGUUGACUGGAGAUGGUAGAUUUUAAGAUGUCACCAAACCCCCAUUCACUUUUCUAUUACUUUCAGGGAGCUUUGUGUUCUGCUAAUCAUUCCAUAUUCACGGUUAAUCUACGAAACUCCCGAAACAUUUCUACUCACUCCACUGAUGUGUUUAAACCUAAAACCUAUCCAUAGAAAUUGAACUUCCUAGAAAACAAAACCAGCCAAUGGCCUUUUUAGUGGUAGGUGAUCACAGUAGAUAUUCAUAUUCUCGCUCGUGCUGCUUGGUAUAUAAUUGUUAUUCUGCAUUCUCUUUGUCCGACCGGUGAAACUAUUUCUGUGUUCAUAUUUCUACAUUUAUGUACAUCCGUCUAUCUUCAGUUAAUUUAUUCGACACACAGCUUCCAAAUUGUUUGCAGAUGUCCAUGGCAAUAUUCUGAUCUGAACCAGUUCCACCUGAGUCAUGAGAAGCGUACUGAAUCCUCUCGGUUCACCAGCGGUCUCUUAAGCAUCUUAGCCAGCAGCAGCAUUUCUCAGACAUCCGUGUGCUGUAGACACAUAUUGGCUUAUGUAGUGACUCCUCUGCCUUGGCCUAACUUUACCAAAGUGCUUUUUAAUAACAAAAAAAGAACAGUUUUUUUAAAAGAAACAACCCCCUUAACUUGUUUGAGAUCACAAUCACACAGCUAAGAAAAACCUUUGAGCUUGUGAUUUUUUUAACGAGGUGCAAAUGCUGUACUGGCUUACAGCCAUCGUCUUCCAUCACAGCUCUGCUCUUCCCCUGCAAAUUGUUCCUUUUCUUAAUCUUUUGUGCUUUGUUAAUAGCACUAUGGGGUAUUUGUGUGGGGAUUGAUCUAGCAACUAGUACUGGUGAGUCUUUAGAAGCAAACAGCAAGGGUCUGAUAUUUUAAUCAUCUGUCUCUUGUUCUCUGUCAGCUAGGAUUGCAGCUCAUUUAUUGUAGUUGUUUUUAGGAGUUUUGCUCUGUAGCAGAUAUAACCUACGCACACAUAUACCUGCAGGAAUGGCAGCCAUCCUCUUCUAACAUCCGUCACUGUUUUGGAUCUGCAUGUAAAUGAAUGUGAUAUGUGUAGCCACCCUGUUUUAUUCCACAGUUUAUUUGAUGGGAGCUGACGCUUACUUUGAAUUCUCUGAAAAGAACAAGUGCAUUUUUGGGUAACUUAUUGUGAAGUUAGACACAAAGUACUUUUGGUUUAUCGUAGAUGGACUCUGUAGAUUUUCAGCAUAUUUCGCAAGAUGGAAUGUGCAUACGCAAUGAAGCCUUCAAAGAAAAACUCUUAAUUGAUAACUGAUGGCAAAGAUCUCUUAUGACUAUUCAUUAGUUUGAUCUGAAGGGUAUGCAAAAAAUCUUUGAUAGUGUACCAAAGUCUUAAAUUUUCCAAAAUAUUCUUUUACUUUUUUUUCAAAAAAUAAUGAGUGAGCUACAGAUUUUAGCUUCUUGUAGCGGCAAGCUCGGAGACACAAACUGACUACAUGAUUUUGCUUUCCAUGCAAAGAACAAUCAAAGUAUGAUAAUCUAUAUAAAUUGGUACUUUUAUUGGAAAAUUAUUAAAAUAGUAAUAGUAAAUAAUAGUUUUAUCUGAAACAACUAGUCUUGUGACCUAGAAUGAGCUUAUAAUAGUUUCUGCCACCUUCCAUUUAAUUCAGAAUCUGGAUCUUUCAUAGUUUAAAUGAUAAUCCUAACCAAAUCCCAACCAAAGCCAGUGUUAAAUGAUGAAAGUUCCAGAAAAGGAGAAAAAAGUUAACUAGCCAUUUUUGCAAUAAUUACAUUCAUUGCAGAAAAAAAAAUUGCCACCACAGAUUGCAUAUUUAUCCUGCAAAACAUGGAAACAUUACAGAGUGGCAGUCGCUAAAGAGAGCAUGGCUUAGCAGAUGUAAAUAAAGUGAAUUCAUGCUUCGUUUAGUUUCCUUAGCUUCAGCUACUACUCAUAAAUGUAACUAACAGGUGUCUUUCUUCCUUUGGAGCAAUGUUACUGUGGUGGCAAUUUUUUUAUGCAUUUUUCAAAUGGUUGGUUCUUGAGUUCAACUAGAAAGCUAACUAGCUAGCUAGAAUGCAGCUAGUCAGCUAAUGGAUUUUAGCAGUAGUGGCUUAUUACCUUACUACGCCAAAGGGGACUCCAUGGGUUUGUUAAAAAUAAAUUAGUAAAUUAAACUUAAGUAUGCAUUUCUUAUACAACAUAUGAUGGAAAAGGUUUGAGGCUAAACAUACUAGGAUACACGAAACAACAGAAUAGUGCUAAUUAAAAAUAAAUUGCAUAAAAGUGCUUUGUUGUUUCUAUCUUCCAGAGGGGAUGAUCCACUUUAAUAAAGGCAUUUGUGAGUUUUCGACGCUAGCUUGGUCAACUUGGUUGGGGUUUCAAAGGUCUAAAAUUCCACAAAUGUAUUUAUUUAUUUAUAAAGAGUAGGCUCGAUCUGCUCAUGUUAACCAUCCUUGACAAUUUAAAUAUUACUUUAUUUUUUAAAAUGCUCAUUAGCCUUUAAAGUAACAACAUCAUGGUUUUCCACUGUAGGCAGUAAACUAAUUCUCCUGUCAGUUGUCAUGCUAGGGCAGAUAAACACUAAUGUAAUAAUUACUUUGCUUGUAUUUUUCCUUUUGGAAUAAUGAAAAUAUUGACAUUGUUUACUGUGAUUCUUUUGUUUCAAGUUAUCGCUGGCUGUAUUAAUUCUGACUUUUUGUCACAUUCUCAUUUGCAGUGUCUUGUGUUAAACACUUUUGCAAGCAUCUUGUAGCUUUUGGUACUGUGUCAAAGUGGACCAAAUCUGCAUUUGAUUGUGAGGCCCCUUAAAGGUUUACAUUAAAUUGUUCCAUCUUACCUGUAAAGAUUAUUGCCACUUCGUAUAUAAUACUGCAGUGUGAUAAGCCAUAACCAAACCGUGAGGAUUUUCUGUCCCUUAUGUGCCACGCAAUAAUGGCUGUGACAUUGCUGAUAAAUUGAUAUGUUAACUUUAAACACUGUGUCUAUAGAUUAUCUUGUACUGGAGAGAAACAGCAGUCACUCUCUCUGGAUAUCGAGGUUAUCUCAAGAUAUAAUUAUUUGCUCAUUCUGUUAGGAUGAAAGAUGAAAGAACUAUGAUGUCACUUUUCUCACAUUUUGGGUUAAAAAUACAGUUUAGGAUCUCGUAUGUUCCAUAAAUCUGUUUUAUCAGGUCAAAUUAUAAACAAUGACCGGACAUCAACUAAUUUUAGUUUUGUCACUACUGUAGGUUUGCUUCCCUUUUGUCUGAGGGUGAGAUGUGCUCUCAGCUGUUUUAGCUGGACGCGUACCUGAUAGUUUCUGAGCUGAUUUAAUUGGAACUGAGCUGCAAUGUUGAUUGGUAACUACCUCAAGUUCAGCAGUGCUCUGCUGAAACUGACAAUAGAGUGGUAGUACUGGACAAGAGUUUGUGCACUGAGCAUGGCUUCAUGUUAUAACUGAUGUGCUCAUAAAACAAUAAACCUGCUGUGGUAAAACAACAUCUAAGUGCAGAAAGAAUGAGAGGAAUAUAAUUUUGUUAAAGUCAAAUAUUAAAUCAGACAUUUUAAAAUUCUUUUUUUUUCAAAGAUUUUCCCCCAAGUUUAUCCAGUUUUUCAAAAUUUUAUUUCAUUCAUAAAUUGUCUUUCCUCUUUCAUAACAUGUCAGUUAAAGAAAACAUUUUGUAACGUGUUACUAGAAUGCAAUAUAAAUUGAAAUGAUUUGGGCUCUUGAAGGCAUCUGUGUCGAAAUCUUAUUUGAAUAUUGUAUGUAUAUUAUUUCAAGUGAUGUGCUUACUAUACUGUACAUGUUACAGAUUUCAUAUUUAUGACAGAUAUUUUGAUGUCACUUUUUGGAAUUUUACUUCCUUUAUUAUGAAACAUAGACUGUAUAUCAAAGAUGGACAUGGCCACCGCAAUAGCAUGUGUUGGUUUGUAGAUAACAAUCCUAGAGCUUUCCCUUUCACAUUUUGGUCUUUUGAGUGUAUUUGGAGCUGAUUAGUUAACACUUAGACUAGCUAGUUAGACUUUCACCAAAGUGCAUCCAUUAUUCACUGUGAUAUUAAUUUGGAUGCCAGUUUUUGCUAAAAACAGGCUUAAACCAAAUGUACCAAUGUGUAAACAUAAAAAGGCUGUCCCCCUAAAACCCCUAGAGCUGGAAAAGAAAGGAUGAAAUUACAAUUAGGAGGCUAGCUUACUGCCAUUAACAACUUAACCAUGGGCUAAAGCACUGCACUAAAUAGACUUAAAGCUAGCAUUUAAGACCAUAAAUACAACAAUAAAGUGAGAAUUUUCCCAUUUCUUUUACAGUCGAAUUUCUUUUUGAAUCCAGAGGAGUUGCCCCCUGCUGUCAUUUAGAAAAAAUGCAGGUUUAAGGCUCCUCACCAGCUUCACUUUUCAUGUCCAUCUUUAACAUACAGUUUGUGGGUUUAAAAGGGCACUUUCACAGGUAUUUACGCCCCAGGUUUACUUCUGCUCACUCUGUAGAUAUAAGCAUUUCUAGGAAUCUCAAAAGGUUGAUUCUGUUCUGGAUGUAGUGCUUUCAGUGGGAGAAACAGGUUUCCCCAACCCUAUAAACAGGACA